UUCCCUUGACUCAACAAUGGAGCUGGAGUCCUUUCUUCUCCUUCCUUAUGACUGGCCGACAGAGAGAGAGGGUGAAGGGAGAGUUGAGAGUGUUGUGAGGUGGAGGACAGCGAAUCUAAAUGUUCAUGAGUCUCAAUAUGUCACAUCAUCAGUAGACUAUAGUAUUGACGAGUACGUCAUUGUCAAUAGAAAUCCGAAGUUCAUGGCUACAGCGGUAGAUUUAGGAAGGGAAUUGGUAAGUCGAAAAAUUAGGCUUACAUAUGGUGGAGGCAACGUUGGCCUUCAAGGAGCUGUUGCUUCAACAGUCUAUACCAAUGGUGGUAUAGUUAGAGGCUUCAUUUCAGGGUACAUAGCGGCACGACAGGUGUACGGACCUACGUAUGGAGCAGAAUGCACAGUUUCCAGCAAGUACUAUAAGUACUUCGAGAUGAAUCACAUUGUGGAAGCCUUCAUCGUACUUCCUGGAGGGGCUGACACUAUGGAAGGUUUGUUCACUUUGAUCUCAUGGGCAUCCGAAGGGUUGCACAGUAAACCCAUUGGUCUCUUGAAUAUUGAUGGUUAUUUUAAUAACUUAAUCAAAUUUCUAGAUGAUGGUGUAAGGCAGAACUUCAUGGCUUCUAGUCAGAGGAAGCUUUUUAUUUCUUCUUUCUUUAUUGAUGAUCUAUUAAACAAGCUAGCGUUUGCUAAAGCUUUUCCGGGUCCUGGGGCUAAUUAUGAGCAGUUUGUAAAUUCCAGGGGAUUAGAUUUAGAAUUGCAUUUGUAAUAUUACUUUAUGUAAUUACAGUUGAAUUUGUGUUAAUUAAUAUUGUCUAUGAACAUAAUGAGUUAACCAUAAAUAUUAUUCUAAGUU